AUGCUUGAAACUAUUAAGCUAAGUGAGCUCACCAAGAAGCGUCGUGCCUCUGAAGAUGAUACAGGUUCUGAGAUUGAUAUCAGUAGCACCGAUUCCGAGGGAGAUGAAGAGCAAGUAAAUGAUGAAGAGGUUGUCAAUAUAGAUUUUGAUUUCUUUGGUGGUAACCCACAAGUGGAUUUCCAUGCUAUUAAAAACCUUUUACGUCAAAUUUUGGGUAAUGAAGAGAGUAAUAAGGUUCAGUUAAGUCAAUUAAGUGAUCUGAUACUAGCAUCUCCAACAACUACCAUUAAAACAGACGGACCUGAAUCUGAUCCAUACUGUUUCUUAUCGUUUGUGGACUAUAAGGAGAACCGCGAUUCUGAUUAUGCACGUUACUUGCGUAGAGAUGAAAGAAUGGCUUCAUUUUUGCGUACGGUAGAAUCGAAUUCAAAGAAGAGCUGUGCACUUUUGCUCGGUGAACGUUUAAUUAAUAUGCCUACAGAAGUAGUACCUCCAUUGUACAAAAUUACCUUAGAAGAUGUGACCAACGCGCUAGGAGAUGGUAAGCAUUAUGAUUUUUAUGUGAUUCUAAGUCGUAAAUACGAAGUGAAUUUUGAUAUGGAUAGUGAUAGUGAAGAUGAAGACCAAGGUAAGCGUUCUAAGAAAAGGGUUAAACAGCAUGAAGUCGAUUAUUUCCAUGUGGAAGACAGGAUUUUUGAAAAAAAUGCAAAAUUACACUUCGAUUUACAGCCUCACAAAGGGUUGAUUCCAACAUAUAUAGUGUUAUCGCAUCAAGACUUGCUAAAGAGCAUUUCCGAAUUAGAGCAUGAACUUCAAUCAUGGUGA